UCUCUUCACUUUCAUGCCCUUAAUCUCGAGCCUUCCAUUGCAGGGAAACACAAAGCUGCAGAUGGCUCCGGUGCCAAGAACCACCAUAGACCACUUCCUCCAUAAAGGGCAUCCAUUGAUAGAGCUCCAUGCCGAGACUGAGUACCACUGUGAUGGCUGCAAAACCCUCGGAGAUGGCGCCAGAUAUCGCUGCAAUUCCUGCGACUUCGAUCUUCACAAAUACUGCGGCACCUGCCCGGCGAUUCUCCCUUCGUUUAUGCACACUCAUUCGCUGAAUCUGGUGGUCCGAAAGCCACAAGAGACCUGCCUUUUGGACCGCUUCUGAGAUGUCUGCGGCGGCGAGGUGCUAGUUUUAUAUCGUUGCAAGAACUGCGACUUUGACGUGCACCCUCUUUGCACCCAGCUGCCGCAGCACCUCCGCCACGCGCUGCACCAGCUCCACCCCUUGCGGCUGCAGGAACCCUUCUUUGGUUCCAGCCGCUGCGCCGUGUGUGGUGGCGCGUGCACUCGUUGGUGCUAUGGUUGUGGCCCUUGUGGUUUUGCUCUUCAUCUGGAGUGUGUUCUAGUAGCACUACCACCGCCGCAGCCGCCACCUCUAGCACACUGGGCAGUCCAGCAUAGUCAUGGAAUUACGUAUCCAUACGUGAACCAGGGUCAAGGAGGUGGUGCAAUAGGCGAGAGCAAUGGAAAAAUGGUGUCUGAACUUGUAACCAAGCUAGCACUUGGAGUGCUCUCCAACAUGGUAUUUGGAGUGCCUGGGAUGAAUUUCUCUUCUUUCCUGUGAUUUGUAUAAUUAAUAGUACUUGCAGCUUUCUUUUGCAGUUCAACGUUGGAGAAGGUAUCUUUGCUUCCCUUGUAUUAAAUGUUAAGACUUCUUGCUGCAUAUAUGUUGAUUACUUUCGAUAAUUAAUGGAGAAAUAGAAAUUGCUGCAACUGCUUCUAUUCUAAGUGUAUCAGCUACAUUAAUCUUCGAUGUACCCCUCCUAUAGUUUGAUUCUACCUAGUAUGGUUUACUAGGUAGUUGUAUCAAAGGGGAACAUUAAUGUAUUUCUAGUUUGAUUCUCUGGUUUAGUUCAGUGGGUAAUUGUU